AGGAACUUGCUUCCGCCCCGCUGUUGACGCUUGGAGCUAACGUCCGCCCCUGCACUGUAUUCAAUCGGUUCUCUCUUUAGCAAAGUAAAUUUUAAUUGUUUUUCGCCUCUCGCUACUUUCCGGUGAGCCUGGAGAAAUUUUAUCACCUUAGAGGUGUUGAAAGAUGUCGGUGGUGCAGAGUGUUCUUAAUCUGUCCAGACAGAGUGUUACCCGUGCUAUACUCAGUGCUUGUUCUGUCCGAGCAUAUCGUGGAGAUACUCCUGAUGAUGAAAUGAAAGACAUCUUUCAGAUACUGCUGCCUCCGUGGGAAGAGCGAACCGACGAACCAGUAGAUACAAAGCGAGCACGCUUGCUCUAUGAGAGCCGCAAGCGAGGAAUGCUAGAGAACUGCAUCAUACUGAGUUUCUUUGCCAAAAAAUAUCUGAACAAAAUGACAGAGAACCAGCUGAGCUUGUACGAUAAAUUAAUAAAUCAACCAACCAAUGACUGGGACAUUUACUACUGGAUAACUGAAACCAAGCCAACUCCUCCAGAAUUUGAUAAUGAAGUAAUGACUUUGCUGAAAGAGUUCACUAAAAAUCGCAACAUGGAGCAGAGGAUUGGGCAGCCUGCUCUUGAUUAUCUAUUUGAGAAGUAGAUUUAAAAUUGAAUUAUUUUGCCCAUACGAGGACUGCUGAUUCUCCAUGGUUUUAUUUAAUUGAUCUGUAGUAAAAAUAAGCAAAGGUUACUAUUUUCAAAUAUUACCUAAUUCGUGAUUAAGUGAUUUUUGAGGUGAGUGAAUCACUGUCUCUUUAUACCGAGUGCUGGGCUGGAGGGAUCUUAUACAGUAAAGUUUCACCCCUCGAAAUAUCAGUAGUUCCGUGUUGGAACUGAUUGCUUUCUGUCUCAAUAUCUGUCACCGAACAGGACCUCUAUAUAGCUUUAUAUAUAUAAAAAUAAAAUUAAGCUAGUAUCUUGAAAAUAAAUAAGCUUAUUUUCUGAAA